UAAUUAGAACAAAACAGUAAGAAAACGGGAAAAGGAAAGAAGAAUCUGAAGAACAGUUAGGAGGAAUUGUGAAGAAUCGGAAGUUGAGAAAUGUGGAAUAAUGAUGAAGAGAGAGCCGAAAGCUUCUUAGAUGAAGAAUCUGAAGGCUUAUGCUCACUAUCUGCGACGCAGAGAUUAUACGCAUCCGCCGCUUGUUUACUUUCGGGUCUUGUUCUUAUGUUUCUGUCAUUUGUUGUGUUUGCCAUACCCAUCAAAUUUGCAUUAUUGUUCACCUUCGGAAACGUCUUGGCCGUUGGGAGCACAGCAUUCCUCAUGGGACCCGAGCAACAGCUACAAAUGAUGUUUGAUUCUGUUCGCAUUUACGCAACAGCUGUUUACAUUGGAUUUGUUGUUCUUGCUCUAAUUUGUGCGUUAUUGAUUCACAGCAAAAUUUUAACAUUACUUGCAGUCAUAUGUGAGAUUUGUGCCCUUGUCUGGUACUGUCUGAGCUAUAUUCCAUUUGCGAGGAGAAUAGUUUCCGACCUAAUGGUCCGAUUUUGUGACACUGAACUUUAGAUUGUGUAAAAGGGAAAACACCAUUCAUCUAAGAACUUCGGGGUGCAUUGAUUUUUGCUUUAUUCACAGUGUUCAACGGUCUUUGUUGCUAGAAAAUGUUGUUUCUCAGGUUGCUUUGGUUAUCAAACAUCAUUGUGUACCAGACUUUUUUUUUCAUAUAUUUCAAAUUCAUUUCUGUUGGUUGCAC